UCUAAUGGCGGCGAGAAGGGGCAAAUGGAAAGCCUUAAUUCUCGACAUCAACAUCUAGUCCCGGGAAGACAAAGCUCCUUUCAAAAUCUCGCCCUAAACAAUGUGAGAAGCGGUUCGAGAACGGGUGCUAACUUCAGCGUAACUUCGCCGUUUGGGAACUAUGCGGAACCAACCAGCGUAAAUUAUCGAACAACAAUGGUUUCAACAACUUCGACCCCGACACCGUCAACACAGAUGUCACCGUUUUAUCUGUUACGGGAUGAUACUCUGACCCCUUUAGAAACAAAUAGCAACCUCUUGGUGAAACAUGGCUUUGACCAGACGUAUCAGAAGAGCAAAAAAGUAAAGGAAGGAUUGAGUUCGUUCUUACCCCAUUUGCCUGGUGUUCUUGAUGAACUAGGAGGACCAGAAAAUAGUCUUCGUUCAGUGGUAGACAAGCCUCCCAUUGGUGGAAAGGAGCUCCUUCCUUUAACUGGGCAUUCCUUAUCUGGAUUUCGCCUAAAUCCUGGUCCAAUUCCAGAGCAGUUUCGUUUCAUGAGUCAGCAUCCAGUGAAGAAAAAACACAAACACAAGAAGCAUAAAAGCCAAGAUAAUGAGCGAAAUAAGGAAGGAGGUGAAGCAGUCAGUCAGAUGGGUCCAGAGCAAGAAAAGCUAGCAUCCUCCUCUACUGAUAAACCUGAGAGUGGGCAUGAUUCCAAAAAACACAAGAAACAGAAAAAGCAUGAUGAUGGUGAACGCAAAAAGAAAAAGAAGGAAAAGAAAAAGAAAAAGAGGCACACACCUGAUGCUACUCCUCCCGGGGGAGGACUGGACCCCAGCUGAAGACUGAAAUGUAGAGACUAUUUCUAUAGAAAAUAAUGACAAAAUUUUGACUAUUUUAAAAAUAUUUACAAGUACGCCUAACUUAAGUUAUGCCAUCUUUUAGGAUAAAGAAAGACCUAUAUUUAGAAAUAAUAGGUUGUUUUUCAGCAACAUUGUACAAAUUUGGUAGUUGAUACCUGGUAACUGGCUCCAAACUGGAGUCUAAAUUAGGUAGUUGUCUGUCGGAGAACGGGAAAUGGUGUUUCACGUCUGUUCUUUUGAUUUCAUGUGCACAUAAAUUACAUCCAACAUCCAUGUCCAUAUCCUGUCGCCCAACACUAAAUAGCCAUCAUUUUCUUUGGGGAGAGAUCUUAAAAUGUAGUGUGUGUAGGAUUAGUUUUCGAGGUAAUCCCUGUCUUGCCCCAUUUAUUACAAGGUGUUGCCAGUGAAAAGGAUCCACUUUACACACACUCUUUCUUCUCGUUUGUAUAUAUUUGCACCACGACUGCACAGUGCUUUAUGAUGGAAUAGUUAAGAAGCGUAAAUUAUCAGUUUCUCUGUUGAAAAACCAUCCACUGUCAGUUUUUGGCUCGGAAUUCUGUUUUAAUGAUAUAGUUCCCAUUUCUUAUCAACCAAUUCAUACUUUUACACUAUAAAUAUAUUUGGCUAACAUAAGUGGAAUGCGUCCAUUCCCAAGGGCCAUCGAGGUCGACAUAUGUGUAGUGGUAGCAGGCUGAAGUAUAAGCAGACAUUCUGGAAGUACUUUUAUUUAGUGAUCUUUAAUGUAAAAAGAGGUAACUUAACUUACCCUCUAUGUUUUAUAAAACAACGAAAAUACAGCAUACAUAAGCGAACAGUAAUCUUAAUGCCAUCAGAGAGUAUCCUUUGUUAAUCACUGAGGUGUAUAAAAUUAGCGGUCAGGGACUUCAGCGCUGACUCGCUAUACGUAUGACGUAUCAACUCGACACAAAAGAAUCUAAUCUCUUCCUCGACGCUAUUUCUAAUUUUUUUAUUUAAAUGAGUACACUUCAGAUUGUGCUGUAAAAUAUUCGGCAAGAGGAGCUGCACACCUCAAUAUGAUUUCUGUGUUGCACCUGCAUUGACAUAUACUUUUACGCCAUCGGCUGAUGUUCGAAAAGGUCCUUGUAGUUAUGUGUCACUGCCGAAGUGGUAACCCCCUAGCAGUGUCCUUAGGGCGAAAAUCACUUAAUUUUAAAUGACCUUAUAAACUCUGGCACACUGUUUAUUUCUAAAUUUAACUCGACUUUGCCAAACGAUGCUCGAUCCAUCAAGAUGAUGAAUUACGCAGGACUUCUAAUGAACUUUUUAUCGGACUCAAAGCCCGUUACUCAUUAGUCGUUCCUCUACCUCUUUGUAGAGAGAGACAGAGCUCUCGUAAAGAAAUUGAUAAUUAACGAAUGAAGAUAGAAAAGUUUUUUAGUGUGGAAGAUAAAAUAUUGUUGAUGAAUCUACAAUAAACACUCUGAAUGUUAGUGUCCA